AUGAUUUGCGUGCCGCUGGUCGAUUUGUAUCGCCCCAGGAGCGAGGCCAGACGAUGUCUGGAGUCGGAAGUCGUCAGGUCACUUCCUCUGAGAAGGAUCCGGGUCGACCUCCCCGGACGGCUCGGGGUGCCUCUAGGGGCUGGGUCUAUGCGGCUUGGCUGCAGGGAUGGGCUGAUGAAGGCUGCUGAACGUCUCAUGAGAUCUGGGAAUCUGGGACUUUGCAUUCCUGUGAAGUGGAUGGAAACUAGGAUCAGGGUGCGAGACCCGGAGACCCUUUCCCAAAUCUCUCAAGCCAAGGUGGAGCCUGCUUUGAGGUCCAGCCCUGUGACUGGCUUCGAGGUGGGUUUACCACAUGUCACCUGCAAAGAGACCAACGUGGGCGACACCGUCUGGGUGGUGGGAUCAGUGCCUGAGCUUGGCAGUUGGCAGGUGAAGGAAGGCCUCCAGUUGGAGACGACGGCUGACAGCUUUCCGCUUUGGAAGUCGCCUCAAGUGCCUAUCAUUCCUGGGAAGAUCCAAUUCAAGAUCGUCAUCCUUUCAGAAAAUGGCAAUGCGCGCUGGGAAGGCACCAAGAACAAGGACGUGCAGACCUUCGAGAGCAAAAGGACCCAGGUCCAAUGUGCCUUCAAUAGUGACGACAUGCUGUGCGCCACCAUGAAGAUGACCGAGAAGGACCUCGAAGCCGCCGGCGUGAAGCUGAGCAAGGCCCAGAUGGACCCUGCGCCGGAGCCGGCUGCGCCGGAGCCCGCGCCGGCCACGCCGGACACGGCGGUGCCGCCGGAGACGGAGCAGGGUGAAGGCUACCCGGCUGAGGUCCCUGAAAGGACGGUGCCCUUGAAGACUGAGGACGGCCCUCCCAUGCAGAAGUCUCAGUCGCGGCACUUGUUUCGUUUGUCGGAUGGCUCCAUGCAGAUGGAUAUGACCAAGACGCCCUCGUUGAUGAUGAUGGACCUAAACAGUUUCAUGGAAGAAGCCGAAGCGGAGGAAAAGCAUGUGAACGAGCUGGAGGAACGUGAGCGCUUGAAUCAGCAGCAGAGGCCACCGGCGGCCACCGGGUUUUUCGGGUUCCGGCUGGGUGACCUCAAGGGUUUCCGUGGCUCAGGCGAUUGGCGAGUGGAGAUGAAGAACAUCACAGAUGCGGCAGAUGCCUCUGACACGGUGCUCCUGCAAGGCUUCAACUGGGAAAGCCAUCAAGCUGGCAAGGGCAAUUGGUACGGCAUCGUGGAAUCCAAGGUGGAGAUGUUUGCCGACAUGGGCAUCACCGACAUUUGGCUGCCGCCCUGUUCGCAGUCCGUGGCGCCCCAGGGCUAUUUGCCUUCGCAGCUCUUCAACUUGGAUGCUUCGGCCUACGGCAAGAAGGACCAGCUAAAGCAGCUGCUGGCUGCGAUGCGACAGAAGGGCAUCCGGGGUAUGGCGGACAUCGUGAUCAAUCAUCGAUGUGGAGACCAGCAGGAUGAACAGGGUCGCUGGAACGUCUUCACCACCACGGGCAUUGAGAGUCGCAAGAGUUUCGCGGGGGUGAUGGAUUGGCAAGGCUGGGCCAUCACUUUGGGAGACAAAUUCUCCGAUGGCACUGGUGAACGAGGUCCUGGCCAGUACGAUGACAAGUUUGAUGCUGCGCCGGAUAUUGACCACGGGAACAAGAAGGUGCAGCAAAGCAUUGCCAUUUGGAUGCGCUGGCUUCGUCUGGACGUCGGCUUUGACGCCUGGAGGUUUGAUUUUGUUAAAGGCGCCAUGGGCUGGGCCACUGCCAUGCAGUACGACGAUUCAGGUUUGUGCUAUGACCAAAACGAGCACAGGAGCGCUGCCUUUGACUUCACCACCAAGGGCAUUCUUCAGGAGGCGUGCCGUAACACGCAGUACUGGCGCCUGAAGGAUAGCGAAGGGAAACCUCCAGGCGAGGCCGUGAAACCGUGGCUUCCCUGGGUGAAAGGCCUGUUGGGCUGGAUGCCAACCCAUGCUGUUACCUUCCUGGACAACCACGACACGGGCAGCACGCAAGCGCACUGGCCCUUUCCCGGAGACAAGGUCCUGGUGGGCUACGCGUACCUCCUGACCCAUCCAGGCAUUCCCAGCAUCUUCUGGGACCAUGUCUGCGACUGGGGCGACGACUGCCGGGAGCGUAUCAAGGUGUUGCUGAAGCUACGCCAAAAGGCGGAGAUCAAGGUUGAUGCAAAGGUGAAGAUCCUUUGUGCUGAUGCGGACCUGUACAUCGCUGAGAUCGGUGAGCCAGCGGCGUUGCGGGUGGCCCUGGGCCCGCGGUCUAGCGACGCGGAUGGCGCUUGGCAGAUGGGCGCCAAUGGCAACGACUACAAGGUGGAAGCCUUGAGCUUGGAAGACUGUACCGACUUCGUGGUCCAUUUGGGCCUUCCGGCCGACCUGGCUCCGCAGCUCUUCGCAGAGUUGGAAGCAGAGAACAGCCUGUUGGCUACUGAGAGCGAAGCCAAUACGUCCCAAGACAUGGAGUGGCUGGUGAGUCAUUUUGGUCCCAAGAUCGAGACGCGGUUCUUGCUCUUCUGGCCACAGAUGGUUCCAGCGCUCAGGCGUUGCGUGGACUUUGGCUUUGAAGGUGGAGCUGAUGAUGGAGCUCAUGGGAUCCGGCAAGGACAUGCAUCCAUCCAGCCCCGAACCGCACCACCCAGGCCUGCGGCUUUCCGAUCGCGCGGCGGACCGCCUUACUUUGGGCAGGAACAAGCCUGUGUGUGCACCAUGGAGGCCGACUCGCGCCCGGCGAGUGAAUGGGGUGCGACGUCUCAGUCGUCGGUCAGAUGGGAGGGCCCAACGCUUCGAGCGGCUUCAUGGCCCGAUGGCUUCCGUCACGGCGCGGCGGCCGCCGAGUCAAUGGGGUCCGGUGCCGCAAAGGUUCAGAUGAUGUGCCGUGCGCUUCUACUGAUUGCCGCGGGUCUCAGCACCAGCCUAGCGGCAAAGUUGGCUGCGGCGCCCAACAUCCAGCAGGAUGGCAUUGUGAACCUCCUGGCAUCGUCUCAGCCGGCGCCGGGCACGCCCGCCUCCAAGAACAAGGCGUCAGAGAUGGAGCAGAUGGUGUUGCUCUUGGCGCAACAAGCCAAAGUGGCCAGAAAGAGUUCGCAGAAGGCCGAUGGAAACCUCGAUGAGUUCGUUGAGAUGAUCAAGAAGGAGCUCUUAAAGAUGGAAUCCAAGAUCAAGGACGCGGUCGCCAUCGUGGACUCAGGUUGUAAGGACACCUUCGGCAACUUGUCGGCGGGCUGCCCGGCCUAUUUCAGCAACACCACCUUCCUGCCUGCAGGCUUUGAUGGAGAUUUCACCCCUCUCAGGGAGGCGCAUUCCAGCUGCCGCUCCCAGAUUAGCUCUCGCAAGCAGGAGAUGGACAGCUGCAAGUCAAGCCGAGAGAGUUUGAUCCUGCAGGAACACACCUUGACGGCUCAGUUCAGGAGCAUCAACGUGUUUGAGAGUCCGGAGGAGUGCGCGGUGACAGGCACUGAUGUGCUCGGUUACUUGGCCGCCAUGCGAGACCACUUCGAUGGCAAAAAGACUACUUGGUGGAGCACCUAUUACAAGCUGGAGAACGUCACUCAGAAUAUCACCAAGUGGAACUGCACUGAGAAGGAGUUGGCCUACUACAACAAGCUGACGGAGUGUUCGGAAAAGCAAUUGACCCUCGAAGAGACCGCCUGCGAGCUCCAUGCCAGGACCAAGGAAGCCUGUGCCAUGCUUCCCUCUUGCUUCGACAAGAAUUGGGACGGCUACUCCAAACAGGUGUCGCUGGCAAAUGCCACCAUCAAAGAUCUGCGUUUCGAGUACGUGGCUGUGAAGCGCAUCACGUGCAUGUUGGACGCCUUCACCGCGCCGGAUUUGGAGGCCAAGAUCGAAGAGUGUAUGGCCAAGCAAUACAGCGGUGCUGCCAUUAGCAGUGCCUGCGUGGAGGGCUUCCUGGAUGCCACCAAGCCAAGCUUCAUCACGCCCGACGUGUGCGCAUCAGGUGUGAAGUCUAUCCUGCACCCCAACGACGACAACUUCAACGAGACUGAAUAUGCUUCCCAAGGCAUUGCUGCCAGUUCCUGCAUGGCAUCUUGCUGUGAGUUGGAGUUGUACCAUUGGCAGACCUACACCAAUGCGUUCGUGACGUCGGACCACUACAUGUACGACAGCGACAGUGGACGCGUGGUGAGCUACACCAACAUGGCCGAGGCCAAGCAGGCUUGCGAGACCAUGGGCAGUGUGCUUUGCUUCGGAAUCUAUGAUGCCAACUGCGAUGGCCCCAGCUAUGAGAAUCCCGUGAAGAUUGUGAAGGCUCCUGGGAUUGACUUGGAGUCUGUGAAGGAAUCCUCUGUAGGCAGCUGCGUCCAGAAGUUGAUGAACGGACCCGGCACAACCAUGACCACCACAACGGUGAAGGCUUGUAUCUAUGAGGUCCAGUACACCAGCAGCGCAGCACCUGAUGAUGUGAAGACCUUGACCGUGGAACAUCAGGAGUAUGGUGAGGCGUUCCGCUUCAGCGGUUGCGACAACGAGGAGCUGGACGAGGGCAAGGCAUGCGUUUCCUCGGGCGCCCAAAAUGGCGUUCGACUGCUGAAGAACAGGUACGGCCAGGCCGUGGCCACCGGAAGUUGCUGCACAUCGGAAACCAACAAGGUGAUUCUCUCCGAGGCGACGGAGUGCGACGGCUACAAGGAUGAGUACAAGAAGUAUGAUAGCAUGUACCUCACUGCCUCGAAGCUGAUCCGUGGCACAUCUUAUCACAGCAUCAGAGAAGCACAGAUCGCGUGCUUGAAGAUGGGACACAAGUGCUGGGGUCUCUUCGAUGACAAGUGCGACAUGGGCAACCUAAUGAUCGUGGACGGCGACCUGAACAUCACCACUAGCUUUGAACGGAGCCACGGUCCCACGGAUCCUUCCCGCUUCCACCCGCGGCACGGCCCCUCCGGCCUUUCGACCGCGCCGUCGUCGCCCAACACGACCUCGGCAGGGUGCAGCGCCUUUGCGGGGGGGUGCGGGGGCCCAGGGGAUCCCCCGGGCUCGACUCUGUGGUGCCUUGGAGUGAAUGCUGACAUUUGA